CGAAUCGUCCUGACGGGCGGCCCAUGCGGCGGCAAGACCACCGCGCUGGCCAAGCUCCGUAUCCGGCUCGAGGAGCUUGGCUUUCUGGUGCUGACGGUGCCCGAGACGGCGACGAUGCUCUUCUCGGGCGGCGUUCCGCUGCCAAGCGACGAGGCGUCGGGCUUCGCCUUCCAGAAGCACCUGAUGCAGGUGCAGCGCGAGGUCGAGGACGCCUUCAUCGCGCUGGCGAAGGGGUCGGGCCGCCCGGCAGUGGUGCUGCUCGACCGCGGCUUGAUGGAUGGCAAGGCGUACAUGGAGGAGGAGCAGUGGGAGCUGCUGCUUGAGGAGCUGCAGCUGACGCCGGUGAUGCUUCGCGACCAGAGGUACGACGCCGUUGUGCACCUCGUCACCGCCGCCGACGGCGCCGCCCCCUUCUACAGCCUCGCCAACAACGAGAGCCGCACAGAAUCCGUCGAG